AGGGUGUCGGAGCUUGGCUCGCCGCGGCGAGCUUGGGCCCUUCGAUUUGCUUCUAUCAAUCAACCAAGGAACCAUGUGUCCACCGUGUUGCUGGAACAGGUCCCUCUUUUGCUACACUGACUUGUUUGUGCUCGAUUCCAUUCUCUGACAACUGCAUCAUUUUCCUUUCUACUACGAGAACAUCUACUGUCCGCACCUUCACACCGCAACAGCAGUCCGGCGCAUCGUCUGAUCGAGAGCCCCGCAGUCAUGCCUGUUGAUUACAGCAAAUGGGACGCCCUUGAGCUGUCCGACGACUCUGACAUCGAAGUCCACCCAAACGUCGACAAGCGUUCCUUCAUCCGCGCGAAGCAAAACCAAAUUCAUCAGCAGCGUGUCGAUCGCAAACACCAAAUCGAGACUCUGAAGUACGAGAAGAUCAUUAACGAUGGCUUGAUUGACCGUAUCGAUAAGCUGCUUGCUGCUCUCGACACUCACAAGCAAGAGGCCGAGCAGGCCCAGUCCGGCAUUGAACGCUACAUCUUCCAAGCCCUGGUCCAGAGCACUGGCUCUCCCGACAAGGACACCCCUCCACCUCCUCCAGGUGGUGUACAUGCAAAUGUUCAGGAUCCUCCUCGCUACAGUAAAAUGAUGGCUGCUCUUGUCGAUCAGGCUAAGCAGGCCGUUGACGAGGCUAAGCCUGCACCUUCCGCAUACUAUGGCGCCUUCGUGACAGAAGUCACCUCGCACAAGACAAAAAUCCAGGACCUGCAAAGACAACUGUUCGAGAAGCUAGCUGAGCUCGAGAAGGAAGAAAAGGCCAAGAUUACGAGCGAAAACAUACGUACCGGCUUCGACAGCUCUCACGUCUCAAAGUCUUCCACCAAGCCUGGCGCCAGUCAACAAUCAUCCGGCCCUGAACUACUCAACCCUUCGCGUCCAUCCAUCCAGCAUGCCGACAGCGGUCAAUCAUCUGGAGCCGAUGCUGACAUUGAGGAUGAGUCGAUUGUCACAAAGCCCACCACUGGUCUCGACAGUGACGACGAUGACAUGCAGGCCUCGCCGCUAGCAAGGAAGUUCGCCAAGAUCAGGUACGGCGACUACCGUUCAUCCCUGGAUUUCAUCUCAAACAACCCUUCGGUCAUGGGCGAGAAAGAGACGGAUGGUUUGCUCGUAGAAGCCUUCAAUGCCCAGAGUGAUGGUAACGACGACUAUGCCAGACAGUGUGUUCACCAAGCUUUGUUGCUGCAGUACUGCAGACAGCUCGGUCGCGAUGGUGUACAACUCUUCUUCAAGCGCGUAACGACCCAAGGUCACCAAGCCCAGAAGUUGUUCAUGGACGACGUCAAUUCGACUUACGCCAGAAUUCGUUCGAGAACCCGAGAACUUGCCGAACAACGCAAGCGUGAUGAAGCAGAAGGAACUGGUGGUGUCGAGCAGAUUCAGCUGCACGCAGUCGAUCCGAACACCACCAUCACCAUAGUUGUACCACCCGCUGAUUCGACCGACGAAGAUGCCAAGGAGGCCCGCGCAGUCUUCGAGACUUUCCCUCCGGGAUUACAGCGUGCUCUAGAGAGUGGUAGCUUAGAUAGAGUCAAUGAAGUCUUAGGCAAGAUGAGCGUUGAUGAAGCCGAGCAGAUCGUGGCUCAGCUGGGCGAGGGAGGCAUGUUGAGCUUGGAAGAGGGUGUUAUCGAUGCGACGACCGAGGAAGGCAGAAAGCAAAUGGAGGAGAUUGAGCGUUCUGGCAAGAUGCCUGAAGGCCAGGAAGGACGCGUGGUCGAGGAGACUGAGGACCCGGGUAUGGACUAAAACUGUUGAUAGAGCCAUUGAAGCCUGAGGCAACGAGUUGCCAAUUACCAUGAGC